UUUAGCUAGGGUCGAAAUUGGGUUACUGUAGGAGGGAAAAGUUCGAAGACGACCUAGAUUAUAAAGCGUGUCAAAACCUACGCCAGUGUUUUUAGCUCUUGUCUUUCUUGCAUACGGAUGUGUUCCCGUUUAUACUUCUUUAAGUUGUGAGCGGGUUUUUCCUUCUUUGAUCGUUAUUUCAAACACUCCGGCAAAAAGAAGUGAACGUUUUUCCGAAACGAUAUGGACGUUUCUGUGGGAUAGUUUUGUUUGGUGUCUUACUUGUAAAUGAUCAUCGGAUGAUUAACGGACUAUGAGUCGCCUGUCAUGCAUUAUUUCAACUUCACUCUUCCUUCUUCAUCUAGUCCAAGGGCAAACGCAUCAGGCCCCAGAUGCAGCAGAAAACAGACAACUUGGCCUUUUUAGCGAGCUGGGCCUCCCUUCUUUAACAACAGUGAACCACUGCCGGACUCCUGAUGGACUUCCCGGAGAAUGUGGAGAGCUCAGCAGAUGCAUCUAUCUCAUAUUCGAUAUGGUCCGCUUAAGAAGAUCAGUUUGCUUCAGAAAUUUAUUUAUGGUGGGAAUAUGCUGUCCAGGGACUACGUCCUCAGCCACUACAGAAAUAAGUACACCAAAUGCAACGCUACUUCAAGAAACCACCGAAUCAACAACAGUUUCAACAGAAGCGACGACAACAAGCACCAUAGACAGUACCACCAGCACCACCACUACAACUACCACUACUACUACAGAACGUCCUAACCUGACAACAGCAAAAAUCAAAAGAUUGAGCCAAAAAGGGACGAAGAAGCCAUUUUUCACUUCAACUGUUAUAGCUCACACCACUUCUAAACCCACCACAACUACAAUCAAGGGCAUCGAAAUUUUCACAACUCCAGAGGCUACUGAAGAACCUUAUAUUUUAGCCACAGAAGAAUCAACACAGAAUUUCACUUAUUCGUCAGAAUUUAGAUGCGGCACCGCUGGACGAGAUGGGCGCAUCGUUGGAGGAUACGAAGCAAAUCCUGGACAGUGGCCUUGGAUGGCAGCCAUUUUCUUAGAUAGUUACCGAGGACGGGAGUACUGGUGUGGAGGAGCGCUAGUAGGAACAUGGUACAUUCUAACUGCAGCUCAUUGUCUGUCCGAUCAAAGAGGAAGGAAAUAUAGAAAAGAACAAUUAACAGUUCGAUUAGGAGAUCAUCAUUUGUUCAGAACAGACGACUUCAUGAAUCCAAUUGAAUUUAAAGUAGCUACCACAAUUCCACAUCCUAAGUUUUCUAGAAGUGGCUUCUACAAUGACAUUGCAUUAUUGAAACUUCGUCAUCCUGUGACCUACUCCGAAUACAUAAGUCCUGUAUGCUUGCCGACUCCAGGAUUGAAAGCCAACACUUUAGUUGGAUACAUGGGAACUGUAACCGGAUGGGGUACAUUGUCAUACGGUGGUGUUGGUAGUGGCUCGCUGCAACAAGUUACAAUGCCAAUUUGGGAUAAUGCUGACUGCAACAGAAGGUAUUUUCAACCAAUUACUCAAGGUUUCAUGUGUGCAGGAUUCUUUGAAGGAGGGAAAGAUGCUUGUCAAGGCGAUUCAGGAAGUCCAAUGGUUAUACCAGAUCGAACCAGACAUUGGACAGUUGUUGGAGUCGUAUCAUUUGGAAGCAAGUGUGCUCAACCGGGUUAUCCUGGUGUCUACACCAGAGUCACCGAGUAUUUGGAUUGGAUAGAUGAAAAUAUGGAAUGAUUUACCAUGUAUUUAAAAUUCAUUUUAUCGCUUUAGUCAACACAAUCAAGUCAAAUCACAGCAUGUAAAAAGAUUUAUUUAAAAACCCAAUAAAUGUUAUUUCAUAUAAAAAUAUUCAUUAAA